AUGCCGGUCAAAGUGCUGUUAUUUGGCAAAGCGGCCGAGCUGGCUGGGAAAAAAGAAACAUUUUUAGAAGUACACGGUGAAAUACGAUACGAAACAUUGUUGUCCAAUGUAUUUGAUUCAGUGAGUUUAGAUCUAUACAAUUUAUGAAAUCGUUCCUUCAAAAACAAAGUAAACCCUAAAAAAUAGAAAUAAAUCCCUAUCAUUAUCAAUUUUUACUCAAAAGACUGUUUUAUAUGCUUAAAUAUUCUUAAACAUGUAAAAACAGAACAAAUUUAAUUUUCACAACAAUAAAACCAUUAACUUUCAGCUCCCGGAACUCAACACAAUAAGAGAGAACUGUGUGAUUGCAGUAGAUCAAAAGUAUGGCAGUACAAAUGAAUGGUUUCACAUCAAAGACAAUACUGAAAUAGCAAUAAUUCCUCCUUUAUCUGGCGGAUAA